AUGGCGCGAAGCCAGGGUUCGGUCGAUAGCGUCGGACUACCCAACGACCAACGCGUUAUUUCCUAUGCCUGCACAGUUCUAUGGUACAUCGCUGCAUUCGGGAUCCAGAUCAUGGCCUAUGGCAAUAAUGCUUGGAUCACCGUUAAGUCCGAAAGUAGCAAUGAGGAGUUCCAGCGUGGCCUGUUUGAUGACUGCUAUUUUAAAGAUGGCGUGGCUACGUCGUGCAAGGGCUGGUCGUCGUCUUAUGAACAACCAGCCUUUGGUAAUGGAUCCAUUUUCUCGGGAUCAACUAUCGUCGAGCCAUGCAUCGUGUCAAAGCUAAUGGGAUGGACAGCAAGAGCACUGCUAUUUUUGUGUAUCGUCUGGUUCUUCAUUUCGAUUGCGUUCUGCUACAAAUUAUGCCUCUAUAAAGAAAGCCGAUUGGUCAAGAUUUUCUGGCUGGCAAUCGUUGGAGUUGGUUUGUAUGCGGUGCUUUUCGGGCUUUAUCUUCUGGCUCGCUUUAAUCCGGGAUUCGUGAAACCAUUGCCGGCGGGCUUCAAGUACUCCACCGGCUACCCACCAGGACUAUUCUUCAUUGGACUGCUUUGUUACCUCAUCGCAACUGCAUUUUUCUUCGGCGAGAAAACCAAGACCAUCCCCGCUCAUCUGAUAAACCGGUGGAGGAACAGAGCACAUCAUGCUCCAGUACCUACUAACCCUCCAGGGCCGCUUUCCGAGUCUCAUGAGCUUCGCUACAACACACCUCGU